GGACUGGUCUGAUCUGGUCUGGUUGGUGUGGACUGGGACUUAAAAUAGUCCAAAAGAAAACAUACCCGUUGGACGAGCAAUCCAGCAUCUGCUUUCCAACAAAAAAACCUACUUAUAAAGGAAGGGGAAGGGACAGACAACCUAGGCAAUCCACAACUAUGGUAAAGGUGGGAAGAGCAGAUGGAGAAGCAGCUAAUUAUCAGUCCCUUCGCCGAUGCGAGAAUCGGGAUUACGAGGAUGAUACGCUACCCCGAAAAAGAAGAAAGUCGGCGGGGAAGGAGGAGAAAGAAGGGAAGACGAGGAGGAAGGAUAAGGGGAGGAAAUCCGAGAAAGCAGCAGCGAAAAGUAGAUCGGAGGAGGAAGAGCGGAGUAGGAGCGAUGAACACAAGAUGAACACCCGCACACACUCAAAAGAGUAUGAGGCUACUCGUCGACGCUUCAGAAAGCUGGGUAAAUACGCCGUGAAACUCUACAACCGGGAGAAUGGAACCUGUUUUCAGAUGGUGGACCUAUUGAGUCACAGCGUUUCAAUUGGUUGGUAUCCUGAUUUUCACAGACACUUGAACAUCACUGCCAAGCUUCCUCAAUGGGACUCUCCCAGGCGUUUCUUCGUUGAGGUUAAUGAUUGUCCAAAACCAACGCACUGCUUUAUGGUAGAAGUUGAUCCUGAAAAUGCGGUGGGGUUUUGUCUUGAAUGUCACAGAACUUAUAAGGUCAUGCAUCCGCCCUCUCGUGGCUAUCGUGUGGGUAGUAACUUCCCAGAGGGUUUCAAGGGACCUCGUGUACCUCUAACAAUCCAGGCGUUCCGACGCUUUUUGCGAUGUCGUCCUGUUAAGCCUACUUAAUUUAUGUUUUCACCAUUGCUCUCUUUGGAGUGCUGAAAUAAUUUCUUAUUUGGUGUAGUAUAUUUAAAUGUAUCCCCAUCACUGCUUGCUGCUAUUUAACCAGAACUCCUAUUUAUGUGCUCUUCUGACUUUUGGAAGUAACUCGUCUAUAAGCAUUGUGCUAAUAAACAAUCUAAAGGGCAGGUGAUUGAAUCAUGAGGUCUGUAGCGAGG